UGCCCAGAUUGCACACACGUAUUUAUUACCAUUUCGCUUAGGCAUAAUAUCGAUUUGAUUGUACAAUGUCGCCCUAACCCGUAAGCUAAAGUAAGAGUUCAUUCAGAGAUAACGAAUAAAAAAUGUAAAAUCGCACUGGCGGUGAUUGAACUUGGAUGGGUGUCCAGUUCCCCUGGGAUUCAUCCAGGGGAUGAUUUCGCUUACGACGGGGAAUUGGGAGCUGUUUAUCUCAGCUCUGAUGCGACUAUAAAGGCAGUCGGCUGGCCGGCAAAAGUUGCAGUUCACAUCGAACGGGGUACUCAGAAUGAAGCUGGCACUGCUCCUGAUCCUCUGCUGUUGCCUCAUCGGCAUGGCCCUUGGUGACGCGGUUGUGGUGACCAAGCCUCCGUUCAUUCGCAGUCGCUACAGCUUGCGUUGGAAGAAGACAACCUCUGUGGCGCCGGAGGUGGUCACUGCUUCCGGUGGGGCCAUCAUUCACACAGUCACCACCACCGACCAUCCCAAGCUGGCCACCUCCACGGCCAGUUCGGACUACGACUACUACGGCAAUGGGGAGACGGAGAAUGUGGUGCACAAGUAAUACCACAAGUAAUAUAAUGAUAUAUAAAUUAACUCGCAAUAUAAUCAGCACGGUUUAAAGAGCGUAACAAAGAAAUAAACUGUAUAUCAUAUAUAUAAAUAAUAUAUUUAUUAGGAGUCUUAGAAAUUCAAAUUAAAA